CCUGCCCACGCCGCCGGUCCAGUGCUCCGUCUCAGGCUCGGCCCCUUUCUCUCCUGUACAGCACUGUGUGCGGAAGCGCCGCCGGCAUGUCUGAAAAACUGCCCUACAAAGUCGCGGACAUCAGCCUGGCUGCCUGGGGACGCAAGGCCCUGGACAUUGCAGAGAACGAGAUGCCGGGCCUGAUGCGCAUGCGAGAGAUGUACUCUGCCUCCAAGCCGCUGAAGGGUGCUCGGAUUGCUGGCUGUCUGCACAUGACUGUGGAGACAGCAGUCCUCAUUGAGACUCUUGUCGCCCUGGGUGCUGAGGUGCGAUGGUCCAGCUGCAACAUCUUCUCUACUCAAGAUCAUGCAGCGGCUGCCAUUGCCAAGGCUGGCAUUCCAGUGUAUGCCUGGAAGGGCGAAACAGAUGAGGAGUACCUCUGGUGCAUUGAGCAGACUCUGUACUUCAAGGAUGGUCCCCUCAACAUGAUUCUGGACGAUGGUGGUGACCUUACCAACCUCAUCCACACCAAGUACCCACAGCUUCUGUCAGGCAUCCGAGGCAUCUCUGAGGAGACCACCACUGGGGUCCAUAACCUCUACAAAAUGAUGGCCAGCGGGGUUCUGAAGGUGCCUGCCAUCAAUGUCAAUGACUCUGUUACCAAGAGCAAGUUUGACAACCUCUAUGGCUGCCGGGAAUCCCUCAUAGAUGGCAUCAAACGGGCCACAGAUGUGAUGAUUGCGGGCAAAGUGGCUGUGGUAGCAGGCUAUGGUGAUGUGGGCAAGGGCUGUGCCCAGGCCCUGAGGGGUUUUGGGGCUCGUGUCAUCAUCACUGAGAUUGACCCCAUCAACGCACUUCAGGCUGCCAUGGAGGGCUAUGAGGUGACCACCAUGGAUGAGGCCUGUAAGGAGGGCAACAUAUUUGUCACUACCACAGGCUGUGUGGAUAUCAUCCUGGGCCGGCACUUUGAGCAGAUGAAGGAUGAUGCCAUUGUGUGUAACAUUGGACACUUUGAUGUGGAAAUUGAUGUGAAGUGGCUCAAUGAGAAUGCUGUGGAGAAAGUGAACAUCAAGCCCCAGGUGGAUCGCUACAAGCUGAAGAAUGGGCACCGCAUCAUCCUGCUGGCUGAGGGCCGACUGGUCAACCUGGGCUGUGCCAUGGGCCAUCCCAGUUUUGUGAUGAGCAACUCUUUCACCAACCAAGUGCUGGCACAGAUUGAACUCUGGACCCACCCAGACAAAUACCCUGUUGGGGUUCACUUCCUGCCUAAGAAGCUGGAUGAGGCAGUGGCUGAAGCCCAUCUGGGUAAGCUGAAUGUGAAACUGACCAAGCUGACUGAAAAGCAGGCCCAGUACCUGGGCAUGUCCCGCGAUGGCCCUUUCAAGCCUGAUCAUUACCGCUACUGAGAGCCAGGGCUGCCCCUCCACCUUCCAGCUGCCCUCCUUGUCCAGACUCCACCUCUCCUUCCCAAGCAAAUGGCACCAGUUUUGUAAUUGCUUUGUUGAUAUUGCCCAUUGACUCUCUAGGGCUGGUCACUCAGUCCUGUUGCAUCCUCAUACUAUUGCAAGUGUGGCAGGGGGAAUGGAGAGGCCGUGGUCAAGAUGGAGGUACAAGGGAGACAUCCACAGGAACCAUGAGCUCAUGGGCUUGGAACUGCUCACCCAGUCAGUCCUUCCUUAGGCUGGAGGUUGGUAGUGGUGAUUACAAAGCCCAUGCACUUUACCAUCCAGGCCUCAUCUGGCCUGUGGAUUUAGACCCAUGUUUUUCAUUGCCAGGCUUAUUCGUUUUUCAGCUCUUGACAGAUGAGUAGGAGCUGUAUAUGUUAAAGGGCAACAAACUGUUGGAAUUCGAAUAUUCCUGAGGAUUAUGGGUUUGAUACUAUUAGUUUCUAUUUCACAGGAGUUAGAAUAGACUUUGAAGGUAUAGACAAUAAGGACAAGAGGAGUGAUGGAAGUUGCAAGGGGCCAGAAACACAAAAGGAUUAGAUGCCACCACUUUGUAAUGUGAUGGCUUGUUGUUUGGGUCAAAGGAACUUUGGGGGCUGGGAAGGUGGUAGAGUGCUUCCCUUGCAUGCAUGAGGCCCUGCGUUCAAUUCCUCAGCACCACAUA